CUUGCAGCAUACUAUCGCUUUGUGGUGCUCUUCUUUAACUGUCUGCUGACCUUUGGGUCCUACUUUUGCUUCGACAUUCCCAGUGUGUUACAGGAUCAGUUCCAAGGGAACCUGACGUGUCCCAAUGCGACGGUGAUCAAUGGGACAGUGGACUGUGUGGAGGGACUGGGGAUGACCCCUCAGCAGUACAAUCUUCUCUAUGCCAUCUAUGCUUGGACGAAUGCAGUAGUGGUGAUCCUGGCUGGAUUCCUGAUUGACAAAUUAGGAAAUCGCUUCGGUGUGUUUCUCUUCUCUUUUCUCUGUGUUUUGGGCUCAUCACUGUUUGCUCUCGGCUCCCACUUCAAGGGAUCUCCCUACUUGCUGCCACUAAUGCUCACCGGCCGUCUGCUGUUUGGAUCAGGCAAUGGAUCUCUGACUAUUGUUCAGAAACGCAUCACAACCUUCUGGUUCAAAGGGAAGGAGUUGGCUUUGGCUUUCGGCCUGACCGUGGCCUUCUCGCGGCUGGGCUCGGUGUUGAACUUCUUCCUCACGCAGAAGUUUGAAGAAAAAUAUGGCAUGCAGUGGACACUCUGGGGUGGUGCACUGUUGUGUGUGCUGGGCUUCACUUCCGCUGUCAUUGUCAGCACCUUGGACAAGAUUGGAGUGAGACAGCUGGGUCUCGAUGGAGCCAUCCAAGAAGAGUCUCGCAAAGUGAGGAUUCAGGAUGUGAAGCUCCUGUCAGUAAGAUACUGGCUGCUGGUUCUCACCAUCAUGUUCUUCUACAACGGCAUCUUCCCCUUCAUUGCUGAUGCAAGCAAGUUCAUCCAGGAUAAGUACAGCUACUACAGCCAGGAGGAGGCAGCUUAUAUUGUGGGAGCAGUCUAUGACAGCUUAGUGGUCCUCUCAGCCAUCGUGGGCAUUCUCAUUGAUUAUGUGGGUCUGCGGGGAGUUUUUGCAUUGGCGAGCGCCGUCUUCACACUGCCCGUGUUUGGACUCCUGGCUUUCACUUUUGUCCCUCCUCUGGUUUCAACCAUAUGGCUGGGAGUCACCUACUCCUUUGCUGCUGCCAGCAUGUGGCCGUCUAUUCCCCUUGUCAUACCUCAGGCAACUCUGGGAACUGCCACCGGCCUGGCCACCUCCGUACAGAUGUUUGGGGUCGGGAUCUCCAAUCUCAUUGUUGGACAGAUACUAGGCACCAAGUCCAGUGAAACUAAGAUCCCGCUGUGGCGUUGGCAGAGGAUGAUGAUCUUCAUGUUGGCCAACACCAUCAGCUGCAUUGUGACCUCAGUGCUGCUUAACGUUGUUGAUCACAGACAGGACGGGAUCCUCAACAAGACAACAAGAAGUCAGGGCAGGCACAAGAAGGCUCCAAGAACUCGGGCGCAGAGAAACUUGAAGUGAAAGCCGCUCACCCAGGCAGAGGAGAGGAAGA